AAUCAAUCACAUGGGUUAUUCAUAACUUGGUGUUAAAUUACGAAACGCCCUUAUUGAUUCAGGUGUAAUCGCAAUUUGUAUUUUCAUGAAUUAAGCUGAGCUUUUCGGAGUGUUUUAGGGCUUCAGCUUCCUUAUGUAGACUUUAAAGCUUUUGAAUUUCAAGUUGUACAGAAUAUACGAAGUGAGAAAUACGUCGCUGGCAAUUGUGGAAACGAAAGGCUUGCCGGAUUUGACAAGACGCAUUACGAGGAAAGUACCAUUUAGCUUUAAAUCAUUUACAAGAAAAGAACUUUGUGUUUAAAACUCGAGUUCAGAUGAGCUGUUCAAGGCAAAGAGCAAGAUAUAUAGAUAGUACGUGGGGGCUUUGUUGGUGAAAUUUGAAGAAGAGAAAUCCUUCUUGAGGGAAAAACAUCUGGUACGAUGUUGCAAGUUUUGAUUUUUCUGUAGCCGGGUACGGUUCCAAAAUGAUUCUGAUUGGAAGGGAUACAAAUUCAUCUGAAUGUAAGAACAAGAUAUAAGUAUAUCAUAUAUAUGCUCUCUAGCGAAAAAUAUAUAAGUGACAACUGAAAAGGAACUUAUAAAGAAAUUAUCUGGAAUCAAAAGAAAAAAAGACUAAAAUUUGGUUAUAUAAUGGACACAUGAAAACAGCUGCGGCUUCCUACAGAGCAUUGUCAGUCUUAGACUUGACGUUAUGCUUGAAUUCGAACCCUUAAAUUAACGCGCACUAGCCAGACCACACAUUUUCCAAUCAAUUUGAGUACUUUUAUCUUGUGUUUCACUGGAAACUUUAAUUUCGCGCUGUCAGCUUUCGCUGUAUCCGGUGGCGCACACUGUGACUGAGUUUGGGCCAUUUUUGAGUGUUCGAAUCCUUCCUUCAGAAGCAAAAAUGUCCAAUUCACAAAAUGACGACCGCGUAUUUUCAAACAUAAGUACACAAACCGAACAAGAUAGCAAAGAACACUACCAAUAUAGCAACUACGGUAUCAGCGGUCAGGGAAGCAAGAUUGAACACAUUAUCUUAACUUGUGCGUACACCAUUGUCAUCUUAGCAGGACUAAUUGGUAACCUGCUUGUCAUACGAGCAGUCAAGAUCAACCAGUCAAUGCACACGACUACAAACUUUCUUAUCGCCAAUAUUUCAACUGCAGACCUCAUCACAAUGUUGUCUUGUCUUCCUUUCGUUAUUUUGAAAUUCUAUAGCCACCCAGAUGGAAUGGUUGGAAAAAUGGUCUGUAUCCUCAUCACGAAGAAUAACUUAUCUUGCAUUACCUUGUCGGUAUCGAUCAUUUCGCUAUGCAUCUUGGCCGUGGAGCGCUACCAUGCGUUGAUCAAACCAAUGCAACAUCGAUUGCGAAUGAACAAAGACAAUGUUUUAUACGUAGUGUUUGCUAUAUGGCUUUCUUCCGUGGUGAUCGCUCUUCCUCUGCUUAUAUACACCGACUAUGACCAACAGCUUCAUCGCUGUCAGUUCACUUUCAGUUCUCAAGUAUACUGGAUUGCAGUCGGUACCGUAACUUUUCUCAUCCUUGUUACCAUCUGUUAUUGUUACUUCAAGGUUUUACGAGAAAUUUACCGCAAAAGGAUACUGGGGACAAUACCAGGAAUAACGCCACAAACACGUAUCAAUGAGGUCAGAAGUAGAAGGAAACUUGUCAAGCUUUUGCUGAUACUUACAUGUGCGUUUGUCUUCUUUUUCACCCCAAGGCUUGUCUACCUGUUUUUCGCAUCGAUGAUACCAAAUGACGUUCGUUUAUCAUUUCGUAGAUUGUCAUUCUUUCUAAUUGUUUGUAAUUCCUGUGUGAAUCCUAUCAUUUGCGCUUUUCAAAGUGAGAAUUAUAGAAGUGCAUUCGAGAGGAUGCUUGGAUUCAGGAGCAGACGGAUCGAGGUUGAACCGUCUUCUUUUUCGAUGAGAAGAGUGGAGAGACAAUUGACUUUUAAAUCUCUUAGGUUUCAGGAAUCUCAGUGUUAAUGCUUGAGGAAAUGAUAAUCGAAGAAAGACUGAACAUUAUCAAAGUAACAACAACAAAGAAAUUCCAUGCUUUAAUCAAGAAGAGGAACUCUCAAAAAUAGAACAAACUUCGGCAACGAAAUAUCGGCAAAUUAGAAUCAAAGACAAAUAGCAUACAUAACAGCAUUAACAACAGAAGAAACACCAACAACUGCGUCAAUAUGAACAGCAGUAACAAUAGCAACCACAACAACGUAACAGAACCCACUCGAUAACAACAGCAACAACAGAAAAAACAACAGUAGCAGCAGAAGGAAGAGCACCAACAACCGCAUAAAACAAGGCUAAUAACAGAAAAGAAAGGAAGGAAGGAAGAAACAAAGAAAGAAAAGAAAGAGAAGGUGGACCCAAAUACAGGUGCAUUUCCCUGGCAAUCACUUCCUGUUGUAGGGCAAGAACAAGGUAUGACAAAAGAGUUUUAUUUCCAAAAGAAAGAUAACCUUAUUUCUUUGCCUCACAACGAGAAUGCCAUAAAACCCUUCUGGACGGAAAUUAAAAGAAAAAGAAAUAGGGAGAGAAAAUUAAAAUAGCCUAUUGAAAGAUGAUAGAAACCAUCUGACACAGCAAAAGGUAUAAGUUUUCAUAACAAGCAUGUGUCAGUUCAUGCUGAACAGGUUAGUUUUCUAUGCAAACAACUCGCCAUCACAUGUAAACUGGACCUACAUUAGCGGAAGCAACUAGAAUAUCAAGUGUAAACAGCACAGAUAUUCAAAUCGACAGCGCAAGCCUGGACUGAAUACACGAAAAAAAACAUAUUGAUCGGCGAAAAAUUAACAACUGCAAAUAAAGACGACUAGACUGAAAAGGAAUCAUUUAUUUAUUUAUCAUUUAUUAUGGAAUUAUUAUAGAACAAUGUCGAUAAUAAGUUAGUCACGCCCUUGGUGUAAGUGUUGUGAUUGCUAUCAAGUUUUUCGUGUCAACUAAGAAAUCAUAAUUAAUUAAAGAAUAAAUCCUAAAGCUUAAGAUUAUGAUGCUUUGUGGAGGGUGCAAGAGAAAAACCUUAGAGGUUAAACACUAGCUCUGGCACCCUAAAAUGACACAGAAGAAAACAGCAAAGAACAGAGUGUGUAAGGUGUAUAAGGUGUAUAAGCGAAGAAGCGAAUAGGACUAAGCUAGGAGCGUAUCCAGAUUUUUUCCCCUUUUACUACAGUGCGGUUUUCGAUAUUCUGCAAACUCUGGCAUUUUAGCGCCUUGCUGAGAAGUUGGUUUUUCACUGCCGCCAGUCAAGAACAUAAAAGGUACAGAUUGAUUACUUUUGAUUGACGGCAACAAAAAACCAACUACUUCAACGUGCAGCUUGUAACUAUUGCGGAGAGUUCGCAGAAUAUCGAAAACCACAGUCACAUAGCAUGCACCAGGAUCUUUUAUCAAGAGACUACUACAUCAUCAUUAGUCUGAACUAAGAUGAGAGUAUGUGGACCACGUGGCACUAAUGAAAUAGUAGAAGAUAAUAUAGGUAAGUUGUAGUGCUUGUAUAUUUUAGCCUGUGCUAUACCAAUGAGUAGCGUACGUAUCCGCCCUCGAGAAAUCGUGUCGGUAUCGUGGUGUUUUGAGCAGGACGGGGACCGAGAAGAAGGAUUCCCUCCUUCCAAGUCCCCCGACCAAUCCCAACGAUUUCUUGAGGCCGAUCAUAUAUACGUAGGCUAGAAAACAAGCUAAACGAAGCAGUGUGGAAAAUGACGUCAUAACCACCAAAACGAAAAUCGGCUAAAUCAACUAACUUCGUAUUUUUUGUCAAAAGAAGGAAGGAAUCUGAGUCAGCAAACUAAAAAGCUCUAUCAGUAGCAAAACGUUAACGCCGGUCAUCAUCAAUUUGACUCGUUACCGGUACUAGCGACCUUAUAGAUACGAAGACGAGUACGAGAUCGAGUACGAGUACCAGUUUUAAAAUUGGUCCUGUGCACGUGGUUAACACUAAAUCGUAGUCGUCGAUUUCCCAUUUUUUACCAUCUGAAGUUUCAAUCUACGUACACGAUCACGACUACAAAAAGAUAGUGCCUCUCUUUAAAAGUUAAACACUUGUACUCGUACUCGUUCUCGUCCCGGGGG